ACAGGUGAUAGAUCUAAAAUGUAAUGCUAUCCUUUUCAUAAUGCUCCCUGUGGAAAAAAAUUGUACUAGAUUUAGACUUUUCAAGUCAAUUAAGAGAUUGUGUACAACAGAAUUAGCCACAAUGUAGGUAAUCGUACAAUCCUAAAUUGAAUUGAACCAAGAAUCUCACGCUUAUAAGAUCACAGCUUUCGCUACUGUGACAGGAAGGUUGUGGCUAAGCCAUAAUAACAAUUACUUAAUCAUGUUCGAGAAUUUAAAUCAAAACAUCGAUGUAAAACAUGACCAACCCGUUUAAGAAAUCUAUUUACCCCAGCUUUUCAAAAAAGUGUCUGAGUAAAAAUGGAGAACGCUCCCGAUGAAAUUUCUCUGCCAGCUACUGCUAGUGACAAUGUUCCUGAGGAAGUCGAAGACAGCGCUAACCCUCCAGACGAUGUUCAGCAACUAACCAUCAAGGAGAAAUUGCGCUUGUUUCUUCGUUACCAUUGGCGUGGCAUAUUGUGCUUUGUUGUACCUUUAAUUUUGUUACCAAUACAGCUCUCCUUUCCACCAGAGAAAUAUCAAUGGUGUGCCUACACUCUGGUGCUGAUGGCUGUGUUUUGGGUCGCAGAAUGCAUACCCUUAGCCGUCACUUCGUUUUUACCGAUUAUCAUAUUUCCAUUGACUGGCAUUAUGAGCACAAGUGAAACUUGUGCCUGUUAUAUGAAUGAUACAAUCAUGAUGUUCUUGGGGAGUAUGUGGCUUGCAUAUGCUGUUGAGCAGUCAGGCUUACAUAUGAGGCUAGCCCUCUGUGCAAUCCGCUGUGUUGGUUACUCUCACUACAAAUUAUUAUUUGCAAUGUCGUUCAUCACAAUGUUCAUUUCGAUGUGGAUCACUAACACAGCAGCUACCACCAUGAUGGUUCCAAUUAACUUUGCAUUGUUAAAAGUGUUUGAAGAUCAUGAUUUGCUAAAAAUCUACGACACUGGAGUAGGAGAAAAUGUUGCAUCUGACAUAACUACUUGCUAUUUCUGUGCAGCUACAUUUUCAGCUACUAUUGGUGGCAUCGGAACUCUAGUUGGUACGGCCACUAACUUUGUAUUUAAAGGAUUAUUUGCAAAGAUGUAUCCAAAUGCUCCAGAAUAUCUAUCAUUUCCAAAAUUUGCCGCUUUCGCCAUACCGUACAUGUUGAUAAUGGAAAUAUGUGUCUAUUUUUAUCUCAUUGUCUUAUACUUUGGUUUCUUAAGACCCCACAGUGCAGCGGCCAGGAAUGCUAAAAUGCCAGCUGUAGGCAUAGAAGCUGCAAAAAAAGCUGUUGAAGAAAGAUAUAAAGCUUUAGGCCGUAUUUCAAUUUGGGAAGUACUUGUCAUUAUUCUGUUCAGCAUCGCUAUACUACUAUUUUUCAGCCGAUCUCCACAAAUAUUCACGGGUUGGGGUGAUGCUAUUCCUGAAUAUUUUAAUAUUAAGGACAAGAAAUUCGUAAAAGAUUCAGCGGCAGCCACAAUAGUAGUAUUUUUUAUGAUACUGUUGCCAUCUUCACUGACAUUUUUUGAAAAUUGUAAAGCUAAAUAUCAUGGCGAGUUGCCAGAAAAAAGCAUUCCAUCGGUCCUUGAUUGGAAGAGAAUGAACGAAGUCAUGCCCUAUAGUUUUAUGUUCCUUUUAGGUGGUGGAUUUGCUCUUUCGGAAGCGGCGAAAAAAGAGUAUACGGAUUUGAAUGGCAAAAUUGGGAUGCUCCUGAAACAUUUUAAACAUUUACCAAAUCUCGUCACAAUUCUCUUUGUGAUUACAUUUACUAUCUUUAUAACGAACUUUGCGUCUAACGUGGCUGUUUGUAACGUCAUUGCCCCUAUUGUGAUGCAACUGGCAAAGGAAAUAAAUCAAAAUCCUCUAUGGUACAACAUAGCGGCAGGUUUUUCUUCCUCGUACGCAUUUUGUUUGCCGGUGGGUACACCAGGGAAUUUGGUUGUUCAAAGUGCUGCGAAUAUACCAACAUCGAAAAUGAUCAAAGCGGGCAUUGGACCAACAGUGACAACAAUCAUUAUAACAUGGUUUUGUGUAUGUUUUUGGGCUCCAGUUAUUUGGCCAGAUUUAAAAUUAUUACCAAACUGGAUAGAAUGAAAUUAAGAAUUACCUCAUUAUAAUAUUUAGUGUUAAUAU